AGCGGCACAGAGCCCGCGGGCAGGGUGUGAGCUGUGGGCACGCCGGCUGAGCAAGCACCGCGUUGGGGGAUUCCUAGGCUGAGUUCUGUUAACGCCAUGAACUCUGGUGCCUAAUGGGCACUCGGGCAUCUGGGAUCCAGACUGGCCCCUUGCCAUCCCGGGAGAGGAGAGAUCCAGCCUGAGCGGGCGGAUGGACGUCACAGCUGGGUGUUGCUCACGGAACGCAGGCAGGAAAAGGCCCUUUCAGGGAUCCAGCAGGGAUGGGCUGGGAAGGGUCCUGGCUGCGUUAGCUGGCUCCCCUCGGCAGUACCCACUGCUGGCAGGGCAGGAGCCGCUGGUUCGUCCUGAGCUCUGUCCCUGUCUGCUCAACAGCCGUAGCUGCCUGGCUGGGCACUGAGCCACGGCGAGUCUCUGGGGAAGCAGUUUCUCUCCUGGCUCAUCUCCAGCUGCAGUUCUCCUGGGGCUUCCUGCCUGUCUCCUGGGUGAGGCAGCUCCAUGCCACACCCUUCCUGGCAUGGUGCGCUGGCAUCAGGAUGCCCAGCUCCAUCCCCCUCCCUCAAUCAGGUCCCCCAUGGGACUCGACUCCACCCCUCUGAGAGGGAAGGGAAGGGGUGUCCCCUCCUGCUCCCCAUGACCCUUCUGGCAGCGUGGGACCCCGCACUCCUCCCUACCCAGGGGUCCCACAGCCCCACGGCAGCGCCUGCCUUCCAGCUCCUGUCGGGUGUGACACAGCAGAGCUGCCCGUGGCCAGAUGCUGCAGCCCCCGCCAGCGACGAAGGGGAAUGUGCUGCUCUCCCCCACAAAGCCGGUAGCGGGACUGGAACCUGCACCUGGCCCUGCCCUGGGUCCCAGCUGAGUGUGGGGCUCCCUGGGCAGCUGGCCUGCUGAGUCCCGGUGUCUGACCCAGGCUGCUUUCCCCACAGGGCAUCCUGGAGAACAUCCAGCGCAACAAGCUCAUCUUCAUCGAGACGCAGGACGGGGCCGAGACCAGCAUGGCGCUGGAAAAGUACCAGGAGGCCUGCGAGAACGGGCGGGGAGCCAUCCUGCUGUCUGUGGCCAGGGGAAAGGUGUCCGAAGGCAUCGACUUUGUGCACCACUACGGGCGAGCUGUGAUCAUGUUCGGCGUACCCUAUGUCUACACCCAGAGCCGCAUCCUCAAGGCACGGCUGGAGUACCUGCGUGAUCAGUUCCACGUUCGGGAGAACGACUUCCUGACGUUCGACGCCAUGCGGCACGCGGCGCAGUGUGUGGGCCGGGUCAUCCGUGGCAAGACAGACUACGGGCUCAUGGUCUUUGCAGACAAGGUGUGUGGGCAGAUGGGGCAGGGCAGUGAGCAGGCUUCACACCGGAGAUGGCACGAGGGGGAGGUGGCACGCUCUGGUGGGCAGUGGCCCCACAGCUCUGGGUUGUCUGGCCAUCUGGGUCUCUUUGGUUGGUAGCGUUUUGCCCGAGCA